GUGCCUGUAUAAGACAGGGGCUCUCGGCUGCAGCUUCACUGGCACUGUCUCCCCUCACUAUGUAUGUCCUGUUUGCAGCUGCAGUCCUCAGCCUGCUGUCCCUAAGUGCAGCCUCCCCACUGCACUGUCAGGACCUCGUGCAGCCCCUGGUGCUGGAUGACCUCACUCGGAUAUUGGGGAAAUGGAUAUUCUUGGAAGGAGCUGCAGAUCACCCGAGACAUGCCAAAGUACUGAAAUCGGUGAACAGCUCCUGGAUGAACAUUGUGCCAACAUUACGCAAUGACACAAUCAUCUUCAUGCAUGGAAGGAAGAUCAAUGGGACGUGUCGUCACUCCACUCAAAAUAUGACCAUUUCAGACCUCACAACCAUACACGUGUCCCAUUCAAAUGGCACAGCAAAUAUCACAUUCCUGCCCACCUGUCCUGACUGCCUCCUCAUGCGUAUUUCCAACCUUAACCAAGGGACUGUCAUUCGGACACUGUACAUCUAUGGGAGAGAGAGAAAGCUCAGAACCUCUGACUGGGAAAUGUACAGGAGACAAGCGGAGUGCCUGGGGCUUCCACGGCCACAUUUCACAUAUGACGGACAGAAAGAUCUUUGUCCUGAAGAAAAGAAAAUUUCAGAUAUGGAGGAGUCAAAAGACAAAUCACCAUGAGUGAUUAAAUCAUUGGUUAACAUGUGUUGGAAUAGACGAAAUGCUUUCCAAAAUUAUAAUGUUGCUAUUUUUAUCUCCAUGACAAGGAGUAGCAACAAUGUUCCAGUGAGGACUUUUGUUAAAAUAAUGUUGUGCCCUUAAAAUCUGUUA